AUGUUUGAUUAUGCGUGUACGCCAAACUUGUUAAGCGACUGGUCUAGUACAGAUGAGGAAGUCCGUAUGUCUACUAUGAAGCAGAUAACUGCCGCCGCCCUUAUGCAUACACAAGGAACAAUAUCUACCUUGCCUAUUUUCAGAUUGAAUGUUGGGAAUCCCAUAUUUAAGAUGGGAAUAUAUAAAAUGGCAACUCGGAUGCUACAAAUACACGGAACAUUCGUCAGCCAACUAAAUGUACGUCUUACGCAUUAUUUAACUCUCCUUGGUAAUAUCGCAAAACCAGGAAGGUCUGCCCAAACUAUCGGAGAAAGAAAACUUCCACGACAUCCACCGAGCUUUCAGUACUAA